GCUUCACGCGGGGGGUCACCAUGCCGGACAAGAAGUUCUUCGAGAACCUGUCGGGGGAAGGGAAAGCCAUCGGGGUGCUGACCAGCGGCGGCGACGCGCAAGGUAUGAAUGCAGCAGUCCGUGCCGUAGUGCGUAUGGGAAUCUAUGUUGAAGCCAAAGUGUAUUUUAUCUAUGAGGGGUACCAAGGCAUGGUCGAUGGAGGUGACAACAUUGCCGAAGUUUCGUGGGAAAGUGUUUCAAGCAUCCUCCAAGUGGGUGGAACUGUGAUUGGAAGUGCGCGCUGCAAAGCUUUUCGGACCCGGGAAGGCCGUUUGAAGGCAGCCUGCAACCUGGUGAAGCGUGGGAUUACUAACCUCUGUGUGAUUGGUGGGGACGGCAGCUUAACAGGUGCUAAUCUCUUCCGUGAAGAAUGGAGCGGACUGUUAGACGAGCUGGCCCAAAAUGGUGAGAUUGAUGACGAUGCUGUUAAGAAGUACUCUUACCUCAACAUUGUGGGAAUGGUCGGCUCCAUCGAUAAUGACUUCUGUGGCACAGAUAUGACCAUUGGCACUGAUUCAGCCUUGCACAGAAUCAUUGAAGUUGUGGAUGCCAUCAUGACCACUGCUCAAAGCCAUCAGAGGACUUUUGUCCUAGAAGUGAUGGGAAGACACUGUGGGUAUCUAGCUCUUGUUAGUGCCUUAGCCUGUGGUGCAGAUUGGGUUUUUAUUCCUGAAUACCCACCUGAGCAAGGAUGGGAGGAUCAGAUGUGCACGAAGCUUUCUGAGAACCGUGCACAAAAGAAAAGGUUGAAUAUUAUAAUUGUAGCAGAAGGUGCCAUUGACUGCCAUAACAAACCUGUUACUUCAGAACAAAUUAAGGAUCUUGUAGUGCAACGGCUGGGAUAUGAUACUCGCGUAACUAUCCUUGGCCAUGUUCAAAGAGGAGGCACUCCCUCUGCUUUUGAUAGGAUUUUGGCAAGCCGCAUGGGUGUGGAGGCUGUCCUUGCCCUUCUCGAGGCUACACCUAAAACUCCUGCCUGUGUUGUGUCCCUGUCCGGAAACCAAGCUGUCCGCCUGCCUUUAAUGGAGUGUGUGCAGAUGACCCAAGAAGUGCAGAAAGCCAUGGAUGGAAGAAAAUUUCUAGAGGCUGUGCAGCUCCGUGGAAGGAGUUUUGAGAAUAACUUGAAUACUUACAAGCUAUUGUCAAACAAGAAAUCAGCUGCAGAACUUCCUAAGACGAACUUCAAUGUAGCAGUUUUAAACGUCGGCGCUCCGGCAGCAGGGAUGAAUGCUGCUGUUCGCGCAGCUGUGAGAAUCGGUAUAACUGAAGGACAUACCAUGUUUGCUGUCACAGAUGGAUUCGAAGGCUUUGCCAAAGGGCAGAUCAAAGAAAUCAGCUGGGGCGAUGUUGGGGGUUGGACCGGCCAAGGAGGAUCACUUUUGGGCACCAAACGCACACUCCCUGGAAAGUAUCUGAAGAAGAUUGCAGAACAGAUGCGUGCUAAUAGCAUAAAUGCCCUCCUAAUUAUUGGUGGAUUUGAGGCCUACCUGGGACUUUUGGAACUCUGUGUUGCCCGGGAGACAUAUGAAGAGUUCUGUAUUCCUAUGGUUAUGGUUCCUGCAACUGUGUCCAACAAUGUACCAGGUUCUGAUUUCAGCAUUGGUGCAGACACUGCUUUGAACACUAUCACUGAUGCCUAUGAGAGCUGCCUGCAGUUAGCUGAAGCGAGAACCCACUUUGCCGAGUUUUGCAUCCCUAUCUGUGUGCUGCCUGCUACUAUUAGCAACAACGUGCCAGGCAGCGACUUCAGCAUUGGCACUGACACCUCCCUGAAUAUCAUUGUGGAGACCUGCGACCGGAUCAAGUUGUCAGCCAGUGGGACAAAGCGCCGUGUGUUCAUCAUCGAGACCAUGGGUGGCUACUGCGGGUACCUGGCGAGCAUGGGGGGCCUGGCUGCAGGGGCCGAUGUAGCGUACAUCUUUGAAGAGAAGUUUGAUAUCCGGGAGCUCCAGGCCAACGUGGAACAUCUGACCCAGAAGAUGAAAACUAGUAUUCAGCGUGGCUUGGUGCUGAGGAAUGAAAACAGUAGCGAGAAUUACACCACUGAUUUCAUUUACCAGCUGUAUUCGGAGGAAGGGAAAGGAGUCUUUGACACUCGAAAGAAUGUCCUGGGUCACAUGCAGCAGGGUGGUGCUCCUUCUCCCUUCGAUCGAAACUUUGGGACAAAAAUCGCAGCAAAGGCUGUCCUGUGGCUUUCGAAGAAGCUGACAGAAUCCUAUCAAAGAGGAAAAAUCUUUACCAACAGUGAUGACACCGUCUGCCUCCUGGGCAUGCGACGGAGAAAUCUUGUUUUCCAGCCUGUGGGCCAGCUUAAGGAUGAAACAGACUUUGAGCACCGAAUUCCCAGGGAACAGUGGUGGCUGAAGCUCCGUCCCUUGAUGAAAAUCUUUGCCAAAUACAAGGCCAGCUACGAUGUUUCCGAUUCAGGCCAGCUGGAGCACGUGCGCAGGCCGAAGCCUACAGAAGCCUGAGCGGAUGACAGAGGAGUUGUAAUGCUGAAGUCGCAAUCGCUCUCCGUUGUGUGUCCAGCAAUGCUUUAGAGUACUCGUUACAGCUUCUUUUUGUAACAUCUAAGUUAUUGUACCAGCACUUUAUGUGGGGAGGGAAAAGCAAAAAGCGUCGCAGAAGUUUUCUACCAGGCAUUGUCUUAGGCUCCUAUACACACACAAAGACCUAGCACCUAACUUAAGAUAACCCAAUACCAAUGUGAUCCUUAGCAAACCUGUGCAAAACCGGUCUAUGCACUCAGUUAGAUGUUAUUCAUCUCUUGCACUUUUACCAGAAACAGUGUUUACACUCAAUGGACAUAUUAGAGAGGCUUAGUUUUGUGUCAAAUUAAAUUUUAAAAAAAUGUAUGUAUAUCCCCAAGUGGAAUAAAAUACUCUAUUACGAA